AUGGAUGCCGUUACACGCUACCCACUCGGGCGCGCGAAUCAGGAAACGACACCUGCGAACGGUGGAGUGGAGCGUCGUUUGUACUGUCUCCGAGCCGCCUUUACUAAUGGACACGUAAGCGGGCGGUCGCUACACUCAGAGACUCAGAGAAAGGGAAAGAGAGAGAGAGAACAAAAGCUUGGAGCUGCUUCCUGCAUGCAGAGCCGAGGUGAAGAGAGGGAGAUAAGCAGAGAGAGAGACCGUGAGUUGCACAGAGAGAUAGAGAAGAGGAAGAGGCGGACAUUGAUGGUCGAAUCGAUAGAAUUGGUUGAGAAUUGA